AUGGGACCUCCACGAUCUAGACAUGUAUAUGUCGCUAAAGGGGAGUCCAGGACGCGGAAUUUGCUAGAUGGAGGUAACGAUCCGAUGUUCAACCGGAACAGGAAGGACAUAUUCUUCGCCAUCCGGGAUGAGUUGCCAACUCCACCUCCUACUACCACCCCCUCCGAUCGACGCAACUACAAUCUGUGGUGUGAUUACCACAAAGAACACGGCCACACUUUGGCCCAAUGUCGCGAACUCAAGCGUAACCUACAUCAGCUAGCCGACGAGGGGGAGCUAUCAAGGUUCAUCAAUCGAAAAGACUAUGGCACGAGAGGCGACGCGAAAAGAAGGCCUUGGAACCAGAAAAGAAACGAGGCUAGGCGCGAAAGUUCCAACACACAAGGAACCAUCAAUAUGAUUUUCAGCGGCUACACCGAGGAAUAUCCUACAAUCCGCGCCGCGAAAGACAGCGUCCACACUCUGUUCAAAGGACCCCCAAAAACCACCUCAAGUGGGCCGAUCAUGAGAUUUGAUGCCACUACUUCCCAACCGUUGCAACAACCACACACUGAUCCUUUAGUGGUUACCAUCAAGAUUGGGCAAAUGAUGGUGAGGCGAGUAUUGGUGGAUACCGGGAGCACGGCUGACCUCAUAACAAUGGAGUGCCUGAGAAAAAUGAAGUUCGAGGAAAAGCACUUACAACCCCUAGAAAAACCGCUGAUUGGGUUUGGGGGAAGUCAAGUCAUCCCACUGGGCACGAUAAUCCUUCCCGUGCGGAUGGGGGAAAGAAACGGAAGUAGAACCAUGCCCAUACGUUUCACGGUGGUGGAUCUAACAUUUCCCUACAACGCUAUCAUGGGGCUUCCGCUCAUCAACAAAAUCAAAGCCGCGAUCUUCCCUCAUCAACUCCUCCUACAAUUCGAGCAGGACGACAGACAAGUGGGCAUCCUCAAGGGAGACCAGGUAAUGGCCCGCCAAUGCCUCAUCAACACCAUGAAAGGAGGAACUUCCGUCAUCCCUUCUAAAAGAGGAAGGGGAGAAAAGUCUCCUUCCGUCAUGAGUAUAGAUGGACAAUAG